CUUCAAUCAAAUUCCACAAUCAUAAACAAAUACAAAAUAACCUCACUCACCUCCACUCCCAUCUCUAUAAAACCCCGCCGUUUUCCCUUCAAUUCCAUUCAAAAAUUAUCCAAAAAUUAAUAAAAAAAUAAAAAAUGAGUUCCAAAUUCAUUUUAAUUCCAUUCACCAUUUCCCUCCUAAUCCUCGCCACCCUCCCCGCCCCGGCCGAGUCCGUGGUGGCGGACUGCGGCGGCGACGCGGCAGCCGACGGCUGCACCGACAAGAAGAAGGCGCUCCCCCUCAAAAUCAUCGCGAUCGUUUCCAUCCUCGUGACGAGCAUGAUCGGCGUGUGCCUGCCGCUCGUCACGAGGUCGGUGCCCGCGCUGAGCCCCGAGCGGAGCCUCUUCGUGAUCGUGAAGGCGUUCGCGGCCGGGAUCAUCCUCGCCACGGGGUUCAUGCACGUGCUCCCGGACUCCUUCGACAUGCUCUCCUCGGAGUGCUUGAAGGACAACCCGUGGCACAAGUUCCCCUUCACCGGAUUCGUCGCGAUGCUCUCCGCCAUCGUCACUCUCAUGAUCGACUCCAUGGCCACCAGUUUUUACUCCAAGAAGCAUAAGGGCGGCGUCGUGCAGCCGGAGGGCGCCGCCGCGGCCGUGGAGGAGGGCGUUGGAGGUCUCGUCCACGGCCACGGACACGGACACAGCCACGGGAAGAUGGCGGUGGAGGGAUCGCAGCUUCUGCGUUACCGAGUUAUUGCUAUGGUGUUGGAGUUGGGCAUCAUUGUUCACUCGAUAGUAAUCGGGUUAUCGUUAGGGGCAUCGAACAACACUUGCUCGAUCAGAGGACUGAUCGCGGCACUUUGCUUCCAUCAAAUGUUCGAAGGAAUGGGACUCGGGGGUUGCAUUCUCCAGGCCGAGUAUAAUUUUGUGAAGAAGGCCGUCAUGGCCUUCUUCUUCUCAGUGACGACUCCUUUUGGGAUCGCACUGGGAAUAGCCCUAUCUAGCAUGUACAAAGAGAACAGCCCUAGAUCUUUGAUCACGGUCGGGUUGCUCAAUGCCUCCUCUGCAGGACUCCUGAUCUAUAUGGCGUUGGUCGAUCUCUUAGCCUCCGAUUUUAUGGGGCCGAAGCUGCAGGGAAGCAUCAAGCUUCAACUCAAGUCGUACGCGGCCGUGCUCUUGGGCGCCGGAGGAAUGUCUCUUAUGGCUAAAUGGGCUUAGAAUUUAUCAUACAUAGAUUCGUUGGGAAGAAAAAAAAAUGUGUAUGUUUGUUUGUGUGUGUGCGCGCGCGUGUUUCCUUUUUUGGAGGGAAAUUAUUUGUGUUUCAAAUUUUCGUAUUUUAGAAAUUUCGUAUUUCCAAGGCUUCUUCAAGUUUCAGCCAAGAUGUAAAAAUUAUGAAAUAAGAUGUUUGUUAACUGUACUCAUUCAGUAUAGUGGAAAAUUAUUUUGUU